AUGGUGAAAGAAACCACUUACUGUGAUGUUUUGGGGGUCAAACUCAGUGCCACCCAGGAAGAGUUGAAACUAGCCUUGAAAUACCACCCUGGAGAGAAAUUUAAACAGAUUUCCCAAGCUUAUGAAGUGCUCUCUGAUGCAAAGAAAAGAGAAUAUGACAAAGGAGGAGAACAGGCCAUCAAAGAGGGUGGAGCUGGUGAGGGCUUUGGCUCCCCCAUAGACAUGUUUCAUAUGUUUUUUGGAGGUGGUGGAAGGAUGCAGAGAGAAAGGAGAGGUCAGAUUGUCAAGCAUGGAGACAUCCAGUGUGUGCUAAAUGAAGGCUUUCCAAUUUAUCAUAGGCCAGAGGAAAAGGGUCACCUAAUCAUCAAAUUUAAGGUUAACUUUCCUGAGAAUGGCUCCCUCUUACCUGAUAAACUGUCCUUGCUGGUAAAGCUCCUAAUUGAGAGGAAAGAAGUAGAAGAUACUGAUGAAAUGGAUCAGGUAGAACUGGUGGACUUUGAUCCCAAUCAGGAAAGACGGUGCCGUUAUGGUGGAGAAGCAUAUGAGGAUGAUGAGCAACACAAUGGAGGGGGUGUUCAGUGUCAAACCUCUUAG